UCAGCGCAAACGACGCAGGGAAGAAGAACCUUCCUGACGCGUUAGUUCCUGGUGGCAUUAAAAACAUUUAUUUUUCACGGUUUGCCUUCGCAGUUAAUCGCUCUCUGUCGCAAUCCCGUUACGAGUUGGGUGUUCUUCGUUCUUCGGAGCAGUAUGUUGAGAGGGUUCGGGACGUGGCUGGGUCUGGAGAAGACGCCAGAGGAGAGGGGCAGAGAAGAAGAAGAGCAGGAAGAGAAGGUGGUGGAAGCCCAAAACGAGGUAAACAAACAGCAAGCAGCUGAGCAGGAGGAUGGGACAGCAGAGACGAAAGAGGAGACCCCUGACCACGGCCAAGGACUCGGUGGCUUCAUCUACAGUUUUGCCUCCAGCGCCACCAAGAAGCUGUCGGAGUCUGUGGCGGAGACGGCCCAGAGCAUCAGGAAGAGCGUGGAGGAGGGGAAGAUCGACGGCAUCAUAGACAAGACUAUUCUGGGGGACUUUCAGAAGGAGCAACAGAGGUUUGUCCAGGAGAAGAAGGCCAAAAGAUCAGAAGCAGCGGUGCCUCCCUGGGUGGGCUACAACGAGGAGGAGACCAUCCAGCAGCAGAUCCUGGCUCUGUCCGCUGACAAGCGGAACUUCCUGCGGGACCCUCCGGCCGGUGUCCAGUUCCACUUCGACAUGGAGCAGAUGUACCCCCUGGCUGCCACCAUGCUGGAGGAGGACCAGCUUCUGAACCGCAUGCGCUUCGACCUGGUCCCCAAGCAGGUGAAGGAGGAGGUGUUCUGGAGGAACUACUUCUACAGGGUGUCUCUGAUCAAACAGUCGGCUCAGCUCACGGCGCUGGCCGCCCACCAGCAGCAGCAGCAGAAGGACGCCGAAGAGGGCGGGGCCAGCGUCUCCCCCGACGACAGCGUCUUAAAAGACAACGUCAGACCCAAGACGCCUCCAGUCUCCAUCGGCGACAUGCAGAAGGCCCCUCAGGAGGAGGAGGAGGAGAUUUCAACCAGCCCUGGAGUCUCGGAGUUCGUCAGCGACGCCUUCGACUCGACGGAGAUCAACCACGAGGACCUGAGGAAAGAGAUGGAGCAGCUGGUGCUGGACAAGAAGGACAGCCCCCCCUCUGCCGACGAUGAGCCAGCAGACUGGGAAAAAGAGCUGCAGCAGGAGCUCCAGGAGUACGAGGUGGUGACCGGGUCGGACAGCAAGGACGACCAGUGGGACCAGGAGAUCGAGAAGAUGCUGCAGGCGGAGGACAGCUAGGAGACGGCGCCGGACGCACUGUGGCGCAGAGGCAGGGAGCGGUGACGCGCCAGAGCCACAAAGUCCUCUCUCCUUACGCAGUCAAGCUGAUCCAGCUGUAGCAGCAGCAGUGUGUCUGCUGGAGGCGGGGGGGGGGGGGGGGGGGGGGUAUAUUAAUGAAGUACUACUUUCUCAAUCAGUUUCAUCUUCUCCUUUUCCUCCAGCCUCUGUCUUUCCAUGGGUACAUCCUCUAGGGGGAGCUGUCGUACAGCUUCCAUCAGCCUCGUACAGCGGGCCCAUUUCACGGCAGGCAUUACCACUGAGAGUGGGACAUGGAGCAACCGUACAGGGCCAUGAAUCACAGCCGCUCCCCGCUUACAGGAAGCCGUGCAGCUUUGCACGGCUGCAGAAGUAGAACAGAGUCGUCGUUAUCAGACCCGCUCGUUCAAGUCCGAGUGUCUGCCGUGAAAUCGGCCUGCUAGCUCGUACAGUCGUGUGUUGCACAGUAAAGGCGGUCUGAUGUAAAAUGAAAGGCUAUGUAUGUAAAUAAAGACAGCUGGAACACUAGACUGCAAGUUAGCUUUUCUUGGUUGUGAAAUAAUGUUUUCUCGCCUCACAAGUUGCAUUCAGUGUGUCUCUGUGGCUGGAAAACUGUACUUUCUGCUGUGAUUUUUCUUACUUUCUUUGCAUUCUUUAAUAAACAGUAAUGUUAUUUUAGACCAAACCGCCUCAGACUUAUGCUGGGGGAAAACAAAUCUGCAUUAGAACUUUUUGUGCUGACAAUCCAUAAAUAUCUGGACAGAGA